GCCCACCCGGGUCGACCCCGAAGGCGCGCGUGCGCGUGGGGGUGAGGGCAGGGGCGGGGCGGUGGGGCGCGCCCGGAGGAGGGCAAAGGAGACCCAGUCCCCGCGCGGCGUCCGCCCUUGCAGGCUUGGGAAGGGGCAGUUUUCUGCUCCGCUCCUCCCCCUUCACCCCAAAGAGAGGGUUGUACCCCAACCAGACCCCAGGACACCGCUGAACAAUCGCUUUCACUCUUUGAGAGAGAAGGGGGCCCCCGGGGGUGAUUUCAGCAGUGGCCCCUGCUGAUUUCUGGCCAGCAGAGCAGCUCAGCCGGGCUGGAACCACCCUCCUGGAGCUCCCCCAGCCUGCAACCUAGGAGGACGCCCUGGAUGCCCAGCUAGGGCCUAACUCCGGCCCCAUGCGGCUCACCCGCUGUCAGGCUGCGCUGGCAGCCGCCAUCACCCUCAACCUCCUGGUUCUCUUCUACUUCUCGUGGCUGCAGCACCAGCCCAGGAACUCUCGGGCCCGGGGGCCCCGCCGUGCAUCUGCCACCGGCCCCCGCGUCACCAUCUUGGUGCGGGAGUUUGAGGCCUUUGACAACGCGGUGCCCGAGCUGGUGGACUCUUUCCUACAGCAGGACCCAGCCCAGCCCGUGGUGGUGGCGGCAGACACGCUCCCGUACCCACCCCUGGCCCUGCCCCGCAUCCCCAACGUUCGCCUGGCACUGCUGCAGCCUGCCCUUGACCGGCCUGCUGCGGCCUCGCGCCCAGAGACCUACGUGGCCACCGAGUUUGUGGCCCUGGUGCCUGAUGGGGCACGGGCCGAGUCACCAGGCCAGCUGGAGCGCAUGGUGGAAGCCCUUAAGGGGGGAAGUGCCCGCCUGGUAGCGGCCCCUGUCUCCACAGCCAAUCCAGCCCGGUGUCUAACCCUGAAUGUCAGCUUGAGAGAGUGGACUGCCCGCUAUGGCCCUGCAGCCACUGCUCCCCGUUGUGACGCCCUGGAUGGGGACGCUGUGGUGCUCCUGCGUGCCCGGGACCUCUUCAACCUCUCGGCGCCCCUGGCGCGGCCUGUGGGCACCAGCCUCUUCCUGCAGACCUCCCUUCGAGGGUGGGCGGUGAAGCUGCUGGAUCUGCCCUUCGCGGCGGCGCGCCAGCCCCCGCUGGCCACAGCACACGCGCGCUGGAAGGCGGAGCGCGAGGGGCGCGCGCGACGAGCGUCUCUGCUCCGUGCGCUCGGCAUCCGUCUGGUGAGCUGGGAGGGCGGGAGGCUCGAGUGGUUUGGCUGCAGCAAGGAGAGCACACGCUGCUUCGGGACAGUGGUGGGUGACACGCCCGCUUAUCUCUACGAGGAGCGGUGGACGCCUCCCUGCUGCCUGCGCGCGCUCCGCGAGACGGCGCGCUACGUGGUGGGCGUGCUCGAGGCGGCCGGCGUGCGCUACUGGCUGGAGGGCGGCUCGCUGCUAGGCGCGGCCCGCCACGGGGACAUCAUCCCGUGGGACUACGAUGUGGACCUGGGCAUCUACUUGGAGGAUGUGGGCAACUGCGAGCAGCUGCGGGGGGCUGAGGCUGGCUCCGUGGUGGAUGAGCGCGGCUUCGUGUGGGAGAAGGCCAUAGAAGGCGACUUCUUCCGCGUGCAGUAUAGUGAGAGCAACCACCUGCAUGUAGAUCUGUGGCCCUUCUACCCCCGCAACGGGGUCAUGACCAAGGACACCUGGCUGGACCACCGGCAGGAUGUCGAGUUCCCUGAGCACUUUCUGCAGCCUCUGGUGCCCCUGCCCUUUGCCGGCUUUGUGGCGCAGGCACCUAAUAACUACCGCCGCUUCCUGGAGCUCAAGUUCGGCCCUGGAGUCAUUGAGAACCCUGAGUACCCCAACCCCGCACUCCUGAGCUUGACAGGCGGCUGAAGUCCUGACGCCCUCACCUGGUGUCUGGGGAACAUUACGACAGAAGAGAUGUCCUUUGUUUGGGGGGGUUCUGUCUGGAUGUGGAGAAGCUUAGAUUGACAAUGAGGGAGGGCACGUUCCGGAGAAGGGACAGGUGAACUGACCGAGAAAGAAACGCGAGGAAGCGCACAAGAGAAGCCUGCCUGUGGCAGGGAGAGACCCAGGCCAAGCGCCCAAAGCUACGCCCAGAAGUUGUCAUACAGUCCUGCCCACUGAGCUUUGGAUAUGUGUGGGAAUAUCCCGGGCCAUUUCAGUAAUUGAAGGAGCUACUGGCAUUUGGUAGACAGGCCCAGAGAUGCCAGUCUGUCCCUCAGGGCCUGGUCCAGAGAAGUGCUGAGCCAGAUUCCAAGAGCCCUGCGCCACGGGGCUGGGAGAGUUCGAAAAAGAGGGAUGGAGAGUCGGGUCUGGGGAAAGACUGGCGAGCUCAAAUCCCGGCUCUGUCACCUCCGCAUUGGGCCUGGGCGAGUGGGGCAUCGUCUGCUUCAGGAUCCUGCAGGAUUCCAAGUGCCUGGAUUGGGUGUCUUAACAGGAGCCCUCAGGAUCCUUGUCUGCUGGGGUUGCUUCCUGCACUAGAGGGCGCGUCUGUCCCGCUCCUGGUGGCCUCCUGUGGAUGCCGGGGCGUCCUUGAGCCCAGUGCCUGUUGCAAAGCCAUCACACACCCAUCUCUUGAGCCUUUGCUGUUCUCUAAGAGGCCCUGUGGGAGGUGGGACAGCAAUGACGAUCUCCCCUUCUCCGGGAAUGUGAUUCUUUCCUCUGGGUCAGCCAGUAAGGUGCGUGCUGCUCUUAAUCCCAUCUUGACAAGGAGGAAACAGGCUGAGAGCUCUGGAUCCGGCUCUGCUCAUUACCUCGGUAUCUCAACUCUGCACCUGUUUCCCCACUUCCCACAAGGGGUGAACAGUAAUCAGGUUUAUGGAGCCAGGCAUUGUUCUCAGUGUUUACAUGGACUGAUUUAUCCCUCAGCUUUAUCCCUCACCCACCUAAAGCCACUGCUGCUAUUAUGUCCAUUUUGCUGUGAGGAAAACUGAGGUGAGAGUGGUGAAGUCACUGACCGAAGGUCAGACAACUUAGGGAGUAGCAGACUAGAGACUUGAACCCAGGCCAGCAGGCCCCAGAGCUCAUACUUGACUCUCUCAGGAUGACCCCUCUAGAAACAGCAACCCAGAGGGACAUGAGGGUCCCAUGCCACUUAGGAGUAACCUGCUAAGCCUUCCUUUUCCAUCACGCAUCUCAAAGUCUGCAGUGUUUGGGCAUGUACUCCAGGAUAUGUGUAUUUAUUUAUAAAUUAUGUACAAGUACUACUAUCAGUCUGUAUAUUACUAAUAAGGCUUAAUUAAAUUAUUCCAUUUAAAAAUAAAGAAUGAAUAUGAA